AGCUUUCUUUGUGAUCUCGUUUAGAGCCAUACACCAGCCUAUACGUUUUGUGUUAAGACACCUAAAUCAUCUAAAAGAGAGCCCGAGCAAUGAAAUGUUGGUUCUUAGCUCCGAAUAGAUACUUCUCCAAAGUGCAACCCCACCGGCAGAGGGAAGGGGCUUCCAAAGCCCGUUUCCCCCCUCUAGGAAUCCCCGUGUAGCAGCUGACCGCUGUCACCACUUCCCCAGCGCACAACUCAUUUUCUUCUGCUUUCGGAUACGCAGCUUUGAUGGAGCUACUGUAUCCACCAGCCUAGUUUGACUGAUCCCUUGCGGGAUACAUUUGAAGGUUAAGUAACUCCAGAUCUCAGCUAAUCCCGUGUAAUCUGCUCUGACUAAAUGGACGUUCACAUGCGCGCGCACCGGCUCCUGAAUGCUUGGGAUUUGGCUUUUCGCUUUCCUUCCAAUAUACUUUCAUAGGAGGGAUGCAUCGGUUGGCUUGUUUGGGCCUCAUGUUUAGCUUUUUAGCCCCAGCGAGAUCUUCUUGUCCAUCUCAGUGCACCUGCGGUUCCCCCAGCAGAAGCGAUGGCGUCGGCUCAAGGCUAGUGUUGUGCAAUGACCCAGACAUGCACGAGAUUCCUACCAAUGUUCCUGUGGACACAACGAAGCUCCGAAUCGAGAAGACUGUCAUACGCAAGAUCCCCGCUGAAGCCUUCUACUACCUGGUGGAGCUCAAGUACCUCUGGGUGACUUAUAAUUCUGUGGCCACCAUUGACACGGGUGGCUUUUACAACCUCAAGCAUCUGCAUGAGCUGUGCCUGGAUGGGAAUUUGCUGACCGCUUUCCCCUGGGAAUCUCUGCUGGAGAUGCCCAAUUUACGAACGCUGGAUUUACACAACAACAGAAUAACCAGCGUGCCAGCUGAGGCCACCAGGUACCUGAAGAAUCUCACCUAUCUAGACAUAUCAAGCAACAGACUCACUACUUUGCCCCCUGACCUUUUGGACACCUGGCCCCACUUCUCAGCAGAUUUAGGACCAAGAGGCAUGGGCCUUCCCCCAUCAAGAAUCAUAUUGGGUUUGCAGGACAAUCCAUGGUUCUGUGACUGCCACAUUUCCAAAGUGAUGGAGUUGUCAAAAACUGUAGACCCCACUGUGGUGCUCCUGGACCCUUUGCUGAUCUGUAGUGGACCGCAGAGUCUCAUGGGUAUCUCAUUUCAAAGGGCUGAGCUGGAACAAUGCCUGAAGCCAUCAGUGAUGACCUCGGCGACCAAAAUCACAUCAGCUCUUGGAAGCAAUGUUCUCUUGCGUUGUGAUGCCACAGGGCACCCUACACCACAGCUCAUCUGGACCAGGACAGACAACUUGCCAGUUAACUCUACAGUAAUUCAGGAAACUCCAGGAGAUGGAAUUAGAUGGUCCAUAAUAAGCUUGACUGGAAUUUCUUACAAGGAUGCAGGUGAUUACAGCUGCAAGGCCAAAAAUCUGGCUGGAACAUCAGAAGCCAUCGUCAGUGUUACUGUGGUUGGCAUCGUUGCCACAACGGUAUCCCCUCAAAUGUUGGGAAAGAGAGAUGGAACCCAUCAGCCUCUGGAAGAGUCCAAGGAUGCAGCUGAAAAGUCUACACUCAUGACUACAUCCCCAUCCCCUCCAAGCACAUUUUCUUCAUUUCCUUCUUCUUCUCUUUCUUUUUCUUCUCUUUCUUCUGCUUCCACUUCUCCCAUCAUUACUUCUACCACAAUCCCCAUCACCACCGAAAUAUCGGCAAACACCAAGAUGACGAGCAGAAAGCCCCCCAAGUCUUUCCCCAUAGGAAAAAAGAACUCAAAGGUGGUCAUAAGUGGAAGCAAACUCCCACCAGCCAGUGCCAGCAAGAAAGAGAUUUCCUUACUGAGCACUGCUGCCAUCACGGAGCCUGGCACCAUCAUAAAAAACCUCAAGGUAGUUAAUGAGACCCAUGAAAGCGUGACCUUGACCUGGAAGGCUGUCAACCCCACGAAGAACACUGCCAUUACCGUGCUGUAUUCGAAGUAUGGGGAGGAGGACAUGGUCCCACUUAGCACGGACUCCAGGGAAUCACAAAUCACGAUAGAUGGUUUGGAGGCUGGUAUGCAGUAUGUGGCUUGUGUCUGUCCCAAAGGAGCCCCUCCCAAGACAGACCAAUGUAUCACCUUCUCCACAGACAGAAUCAAUGAAAAGACGAACUCUCAAAUUUCUUUCCUCAUCCUGACAAGUAGUGCUGCUUGUGUGGUUGUUUUGCCACUGAUUUUCUAUCUCUUUUACAAAGUUCUUAGGCUUCAGUGCAAGCCAAAGGCCAUCAGGGAAGAUGACCUCGCAAGAGAGACUUAUAUUCAGUUUGAUACUCUGUCUCCCAAACCCCAUCCUUCCCGGGAGCUCUGGACACGACGACGCGCAGACGAAUCAGAAAGGUUACUGUUGCUUUGUUCUCAGUCAAGUGUGGACUCUCCUGCGACCUUCAAAAAUAAGGGUUCCAGGUCAGAAUACUAUUGCUAGUGUUUGGCCGUUAAGAGACACGGAGCUUGGAAAAGUCAUGAUAGAACGGACCUUGGCUUAGCUAUCAAAUGCCAAUACUUUAGCUUCUGCAUUGUCCAAAAAACCCACAGAGGGUGUGGGAAGGUAACUGUUCCCUUGUUUAAAAAAUUGUAUUUUAUGCAAUGAGGCUACAAACCUGAAAGAAUUUAUUGAACGCAAAAGAUGUAUGUGAUAGACCUUGAACAUAUUUUGGGGGGAGUGUCUUUAGUAUUAUUUAAUUCUUUAGUGUUUUUUUUUGUUUUAUUUUUAAAAAUUCAUGGCAAUAUUACAAAUGCUCAUACUGUAUAAAGUGGACUUACUAAAUCUUUUUUUUUUUAGUCACAGCCACCCCAAACUUCAACUUUUAUUCAAGUCUGAAAAGUUGUGUGAUAUUUGCCACUAAUUUAUCAAGGGUGGCUUUGGUUCAUUGCCGUAUUUGAUGAGCACCAUUAGGGAGACUCAGCUAGAGAACAUGAAUUUUAUUUAUUGAAGAUGAAGGCAUAUCUUCUCUGUACCACCCAAGGAAAAUGCUUAAUUAUGAAAAAAAACUAAUGGAGAUAUAUACAGGUGUGCUUAAAUUGUCUGGGAGAAAUUUCUUCUCUUGCCCUUGCAUCUGUAAGUACAAUCAGAAGAUUUAACCAUCCCUACUAAGAGCAAACGUGAUUUACUAAGCCCUUACUGUGUGUAGAAGAGACAAAGUUGGGAAGAGACCAAGUUCAGACAAUCUUACAGUUUAUGUGUGGAUGGGGGUGAGGUGCAAGCUAUAUAAUACACAGGAUUUCAUUGAAAACGCAUUAGGGACUUAUAAAACAAAAUGCAAUGUGGGAACUGAGAAGGAAGGUCAUUCAUUACCAGUUGCCAUUACAAGAGAUGUUUUGGAGACCGACACGUAGUAUGUGGCUUGUGUCUGUUCCAAGGGAGACCCUCUGAAGAUGGAGCAAUGGAUCGAUCACCUUUUCUCCUUUGGUUGAAUGAAUCAAUGAAUGAAUGUGGGGAGCAGAGAAAGCUUUUUAAUGGGUUACAUUGACAAUUCUAGAAGAUUUUUGGAGGAAUUGAUGGUUUUAUUUUUUUUAUUUUUUUUAAAAUAUAUUUUAUUUGAUCAUUUCCAAGCAUUAUUCGUUAAAGACAUAGAUCAUUUUCUUUUCCUCCCCCCCCCCCAUAGCCGACGCGUAAGUCCACUGGGCAUUAGAUGUUUUCUUGAUUUGAACCCAUUGCUUUGUUGAUAGUAUUUGCAUUAGAGUGUUCAUUUAGAGUCUAUCCUCUGUCAUGUCCCCUCAACCUCUGUAUUCAGGCAGUUGCUUUUUCUCGGUGUUUCCACUCCCAUAGUUUAUCCUUUGCUUAUGAAUGGUGUUUUUUUCUCCUGGGUCCCUGCAAGUUGUUCAGGGACAUUACACCACCACUAAUGGAGAAGUCCAUUACGUUCGAUGAUACCACAGUGUGUUUGUCUCUGUGUACAAUGUUCUCCUGGUUCUGCUCCUCUCGCUCUGCAUCACUUCCUGGAGGUUGUUCCAGUCUCCAUGGAACUUCUCCACUUUAUUAUUCCUUUUAGCACAAUAGUACUCCAUCACCAACAUAUACCACAGUUUGUUCAGCCAUUCCCCAAUUGAUGGGCAUCCCCUCAUUUUCCAGUUUUGGGCCACCACAAAGAGCGCAGCUAUGAAUAUUUUUGUACAAGUCUUUUUGUCCAUUAUCUCUUUGGAGUACAGACCCAGCAGUGCUAUGGCUGGGUCAAAGGGUAGAUAUUCUUUUAGCACCCUUUGGGCAUAGUUCCAAAUUGCCCUCCAGAAUGGUUGGAUCAGUUCACAGCUCCACCAGCAAUGAAUUAAUGUCCCUAUUUUGCCACAUCCCCUCCAGCAUUCAUUACUUUCCUUUGCUGUUAUGUUAGCCAAUCUGCUAGGUGUGAGGUGAUACCUCAGAGUUGUUUUGAUUUGCAUCUCUCUGAUUAUAAGAGAUGUAGAACACUUCUUCAUGUGCUUGUUAAUAGUUUUGAUUUCUUUAUCUGAGAACUGCCUAUCCAUUUCCCUUGCCCAUUUAUCAAUUGGAGAAUGGCUUGAUUUUGUGUACAAUUGAUUUAGCUCUUUAUAAAUAUGAGUAAUUAAACCUUUGUCAGAGGUUUCUAUGAAGAUUUUUUCCCAAUUUGUUGUUUCCCUUCUGAUUUUAGUUAUAUUGGUUUUGUUUGUACAAAAGCUUUUUAGUUUGAUGUAGUCAAAAUUAUUUAUUUUACAUUUUGUGAUUCUUUCUAUAUCUUGCUUGGUUUUAAAGCCUUUCCCCUCCCAAAGGUCUGACAUGUAUACUAUUCUGUGUUUACCCAAUUUACUUAUGGUUUCCUUCUUUAUGUUUAAGUCACUCACCCAUUUUGAAUUUAUCUUGGUGUAGGGUGUGAGGUGUUGAUCUAUUCCUAGUCUCUCCCACACUGUCUUCCAAUUGAAUUGAUGGUUUUAUAAUGUGUUUCUAUGUCUUACCAAAAGAACUACCUAUUUCAAAGCAGAAAUAAUAAGGUAAAAAGAGAAUUUUAGCCCAAAUUAGGUGAAAAGAUUCAAACAGAUUCCAAGGUGCUUACAAUAAGUCUAUAGACCCAGUGAAUUUUGCCUCAGGAUGCUGAAGGAAGUUGUAAUCUCAUAAUGGCUAUCUCUAAUCUUGGAUAAAUCGUGUUCAAAGGAAGAGAUGCCAGAAAGUUAAAGAUGAUGUGUCUAUAUUUAUUAAAACUUUAAUCUUCUCUCUUAGUAUCAAUUCUAAGACAGAAGAAGGGCAAGGGCUAGGCAAUUGGGGACUAAAUGGCUUGCCCAGGUUCACAGAGCUUAGAAGUGUCUGAGGUCAGAUAUGAACCCAGGUCCUUCUUCCUGACUCCAGACCUGACUCUUUAUCCACUGAGCCACCAAGAUUCCCUGACUCUAUAUUCAUCAAAAGAGAAAGGGUGGUUCCUGCAAAGGAAAGACAUGGAAGCCUUGCUUGAACCAUGGCAAAAUUUUAUAAUGAGUUUUAUUAAACAGAUACUAAAUAAUUCAAAGAUACAAAUUAAUUCAAUGAUCCUGACAAGCCAAUGUUUUCCCAGAAUAAGCCAUACCAAACAUUUCAUUUUUGGUUAGUUUUUUGGUGUAGAUCAGGGAAUGUGGAAAACAAAGGCUAUAUUGAUUUUCACAAAGCAUUGGCAAAGUCUCUUAUGAUCCUAUGGAUAACAUGGUGAAAUGUGGGGUGAAUAGUGCUAUUAAGUAUAUUGUCUUUCAAUUGAACUAGGAAUGUGGAGGAAUGUCUUUGGGUCUCCCUGGAGGGAGACCUUUGGUGGUUUCUGACCUUGACUCUAUCCUAUUAAUGACCAAGAUGAUGAUGAUGAUGAUGUAUGGCCAUUAUGCAGGUAUGCUUAUUAAGUUAGUAGAUGGCACAAAACUAGAAAGAAAAGUUAAUACAAGUGGCAUCCAAGAUCAAAUUUAUCUGGAACAUUAGGUUGAAAUAAAUAGGAUGAAAUUUAGUAAGAAUAAAGUUAUCUAGGUUAAAAAUAGGAUUAAGGAAACCUUGAUUUGCCCUAGAGAAUGGAGAUUGUGCUUUGCAUUUUUUAUUCCCAGUGCCUAACCUAGUAUCUGGCACAUAGUAGGUGUUAAAUAAAUUUGAUUGCUUGCCAAUACUUCAUGUGAAGAUGUUCUGGGGAUUUAAGCUUAAUGUAGGCUUAACAUGAGCCCUAAAAAAAAAAUCCACAUUAACAACCUUACAAUGAGUAGUAAAAAUGCAACACCCAUGUUAUAUUGUGUUGGUGAAGGGAAUUUGAUUCAAUACACAUCUAUUAAGCACCUACUACAUACAAGGCUGUGCCAGGAAAUAAUAGUCUUAUCGUCUUCCUCACUGGUCCAACCACAUCUUGGAGUACUGUCUUCAUUUCUGCUUGGCACAUUUGGACAACUGUUUACUAACUAGAGUGCAUUGGUGGGAGGGUGACUAGGAUGAUGAGAAAGUUUGAAGUCACUUUAUAUGAAGGAAAGUUGGUUAAUAAUUCCAAGGGUGCUUUGUUGUUGGCGUUGAGUAGUUUUAGUUGUGUCCAAUUCUUUGUGACCCCAUUUGAGAUUUUCUUAGCAAAGAUACUGGAGUAGUUUAUGAUUUCCUUUUCUAGCUCAUUUAACAGAUGAGAAAACUGAGGCAAACAGGGCAAAGUGACUUGCCCAGAGUCACAAAGCUAGUAAGUGUCUGAGGCUGGAUUUGAACACGGAUUUUCCUGACUCUAGGCUUGGGACUCUAUCCACUGUGCCACCCUGCUGCCUCCCAAGAUACUUAAAAAGGAAUCUAAUCCUAUGUUAUUACCUAGUUAAACAAGGAAAGUGCAUUCAUAUUUUUGUGUCUAUCUGGAGGGAGGUCUUCCGUUAGUCUCCCUUGACUCUAUCAUGUAUAAUAACAGUCUCUUUGAAGAUUUCUGUCUUCAGCUUUGACUUUUGAUGACAGUUGUCUUCAAAAUCAAUAGCUGCUGUGUAGAAAAGUAGGAAAGAGAGUAUAUUGUUCUUCAUUGCUCCCAAAAGACUAAUAGGUGGAUGUUACAAGGAAAAAGAUUUAGGCUGAACAAAGAAGUCAUUUUCUUACAACUUGAGUUGGCCAACAAUGCCUUGUAAGUUAGCAAGCUCUCUUCAUUGUAGAUAUUCAUGGAGAAGCUGGAUGACCAUUCAUCAGGAAUGCUGUAGAGGGAUUCCUGCAUUAGCUGGGAGAUCAAAGGUCCUUUGCAACUUUAAGAUUCUACGAUUUGGUCUAUGGACAAUUAAUAAAGUAUGUUUAUUUGUUUUAAUGGAAAGAUAAUGUAAGAAUGAUACUAAUUCUAACCCCCUGUGAGUUUAUUAUAUAAUAAAGAUUGAUUUGAUAUA